UGCCAGUAGGUUGGGGCUGUGGGUGGCGGGCUCGGCGGGAGCAGUGCGGCGCGGAGAGAGUGAGGGGCCCUGUGUGUGCGGAACCGGAGAGUGUGUGACUGAGCCCUGAGCGGAAAGGGCGGGAAUCCGGGGCUCCAUCAGGGGGCGCAGUGUUACUGUUUGUCAGGGGAGGGGCGGUGUCAGCCCGACAGGGGGCGCUGUGUGUAUCGCGGGGAAUGUCAGUUUGGGGAAUUAUUGCUUUAUAUUUCCCCCAUUUGGGCGCCGUACUGCGGCUUCAAUAAUCCGGGCCCACCCAUGUCUCAGUUCCAGCAGCUGGGGGUGAACUCCCAGGAGAAAACCGCCCCCACCCAGAGCCUUACAGGUUGUGUGUACCGCAUCAUUCAGAGUGGCGGGCAUCCCGGGCAAAAUAUUCUGAAACUGAUACCGGUGUCGAAGCCAGCGAGCAAUUUAAUUCCAGUAUUUCAGCAGCCUGUGAUCUCCGGUAUACCGACACAAAAGGUAGCCGGGAAUGUGUGUUAUUCUCUGCCUCCUGUGCUUUCCAACGCCGCCCUGCCCACGCCAGUAACCUUGCCCGUGUUGCAGCAACCUGCUUUCGGCAACUUUAUUAUCACGGCAAAAAACAGCCUUCCGGAAAGCGCAAAAACCGUCCUCGUCGAACAGAAAACGUCUCCGCUUCAGAACGCGACGGUGAUCCUUGAGAAGCCCCAUGUGACUGCUCCGCCGAGCCUCCCUCAGCAAACGGCGCCGGCCUUUGUCAUGGUGAAUCCACAGCCGACGACAGUCACUGUAAAGUCACCCAUGUUGCCUUCAGGACAUCACCUCCAAAUCCCCGCUAAUGCCGAAGUUAAAUCCGUCCCGGCCUCUUCGUUGCCGAUCGCUAUUCAGCAGAAGAUCAUCGCAGCAGCUAGCCGCGGAGAUGUCAAUAGAAACCCCUCUGUUAUAUAUGUUUCUCCAGUUAACACCGUACGGACUCUGGCUGCAAAACCAGCAAGCCCUCUGUUGCCCAAGUCCGACACAACUCCUCCAGCGCCCGUAGGCGUUAUGGUACCGGCUCCUAAACCUUAUCAGUCAUCCGGAGAAACCCAAAACGGCCCAAUGAAAUGGAUUGUGCAGCAGAAUAAAGAGUCCGCAGCCUGCCUUGUUCCUGUGAAAUCCUCCAAUGACACCGCUUCAAAGAUUCUAAAGCUGCUUUCGGGGACUCAGAAUAGCCAAACAAACCUCGCCAACGUUCUGCCCAUGUCCACCAGCCCCCCCGGCUCCAAUGCGAAAGCAAUUCAUAUUAAGGACAACGCACUUGUUAUGUACAAUAAUAAAAUUUAUCUGCUGGCAAAACGGGGGUCAGAAGUGUUUGAUCCCCAAGCUAAAAAACCUGAGGUGUCCAGUCAAGCUUCUCCAGAAAAGUCAAGUCCGGACCCUAUCAAAGAUAUCUCCAAUAAGGUGGUGGAAGUGGUGCUUUCGAAAAAUAAGGCUUCGGGGCCAUAUGGCAAUCAGCAGAUAAGUUCUACCGUAGAAAACGCCACUCUGAACUCUGGCAACGGCAGCUCGAACGUUAAGCAGGCUUUUACUCCUGAUCCUCAGCCGGGGAACCGGCCUGCCUCCAAUGGGAUCUCCAUUAAUAAUGGUUCCAUUGCAGGAAAAGCCUCCACCAUUGCUACUCCUCCAAAGCAAGGCAGCAUCUUCAGGCCUCUACUGGAAACCACUCCCAUCAAUAUGAACGUUGUGAAAGAUGAACCCGAGGACCCUGUUCCCAUUGCACAGAUGAAACAGGUGCAGAGACUGACAACGCCCGGUGGGAAGUGGGAGAAAACUCUGUCUCCGAGAGCUCCGACCAGCGAUAAAACGUUAAGGCGGAAGUUUGGUUUGAUUAAAAAAGAAAAAGUAAUUCUAAGGAGGCUUCCGCUACUCCGGGCUCAUUCCUCGGCAAAGGAUCAGGCUGAAGUGGAACAGCAUCAAGUGAAAAGGAAAUCAGCAUGUUUAGACCACUCGUAUCAGUCGAAGAGGAGAAAGAGCACGGAUGAAUCGGUUAUGAGCCAGACCUGUGCCCCUGUACAGAGCAGCAGUGCUGAUUCGCUUUCCUGCACAACAAGUCGCCCACCCUCUGCAGCGUCCCCACGUAUCUCCCCCGUGCCCCCCGUAACAGUACCUUCCAGUACCCUUCCACUAAAAGCCAAUGCCUCAAACCCGACGAAAACCUCAGAGCCAUCGCCUAGUCUUCCAGAACCAACCAGUUCCAACGAAAGUCCCUCUGGCGUCUUCUCCCAGCCAACCCCAGAGUCGGCACAUCCGACCCAGUACUAUCCGGCCCACGGCAGCGCUGCGGUCGGGUCUCCGGUUGAUUUUGAUGAAAACAUUAGAGAGGAAAAAAUCCGCCGGCUUAAAGAGCUGCUCAGGGAACGGGAACAAGAACUGGAGGCUAUAAGAAAGAAGAUCAUAACCUAAGUGCGGCCCGAUUCCCAAUGGACCCCACUUGAUGGUCUUCAGCCGGAACCAGUGGCUCUUCCAUUGGAGGGUGAAAGAUUUUCCUACAAACAUUACUUUCUUGGCUACAGUUUAUUCUUGGAAGCAAAGACAUUUAAUAUUCCCUUCCUCGACACAGUAAAUCUAAUGAAGACUUUUACCUAGAUUUGGUGUCCUUUUUAUUUUUUAUCCUUCUAGUGACAGUGUCACCCCCUGGGCUGAAUGAAGCGACCUGUUCCCCGUCGGGCAGUCCUUGGGCUGAAUGAAGCGACCUGUUCCCCGUCGGGCGUCGGCAGUCCUUGGGCUGAAUGAAGCGACCUGUUCCCCGUCGGGCAGUCCCUGAGCUGAAUGAAGCGACCUGUUCCCCGUCGGGCAGUCCCUGGGCUGAAUGAAGCGACAUGUUCCCUGUCGGGCACUCCCUGGACUGAAUGAAGCGACCUGUUCCCCGUCAGGCAGCCCCUGGGCUGAAUGAAGCGACCUGUUCCCCGUUGGGCAGCCCCUGUGCUGAAUGAAGCGACCUGUUCCCCGUCUGGCAGUCCUUGGGCUGAAUGAAGCGACCUGUUCCUGUUCCCUGUCGGGCAGUCCCUGGGCUGAAUGAAGCGACCUGUUUCCCGUCAGGCAGUCCCUGGGCUGAAUGAAGCGACCUGUUUCCCGUCAGGCAGUCCCUGGGCUGAAUGAAGCGACCUGUUCCCCGUCGGGCAGCCCCUGUGCUGAAUGAAGCGACCUGUUCCCCGUUGGGCAGCCCCUGUGCUGAAUGAAGCGACCUGUUCCCCGUCGGGCAGUCCUUGGGCUGAAUGAAGCGACCUGUUCCUGUUCCCUGUCGGGCACUCCCUGGACUGAAUGAAGCGACCUGUUCCCCGUCGGGCAGCCCCUGGGCUGAAUGAAGCGACCUGUUCUUGUUCCCCGUCGGGCAGUCCCUGGGCUGAAUGAAGCGACCUGUUUCCCGUCAGGCAGUCCCUGGGCUGAAUGAAGCGACCUGUUUCCCGUCAGGCAGUCCCUGGGCUGAAUGAAGCGACCUGUUCCCCGUCGGGCAGUCCCUGGGCUGAAUGAAGCGACCUGUUCCCCGUCGGGCAGUCCCUGGGCUGAAUGAAGCGACCUGUUCCCCGUCGGGCAGUCCCUGGGCUGAAUGAAGCGACCUAUUCCCCAUCGGGCAGUCCCUGGGCUGAAUGAAGCGACCUGUUCCCCGUCGGGCAGUCCCUGGGCUGAAUGAAGCGACCUAUUCCCCAUCGGGCAGUCCCUGGGCUGAAUGAAGCGACCCGUUCCCCGUCGGGCGUCCCUGGGCUGAAUGAAGCGGCCUGUUCCCCAUCGGGCAGUCCCUGGGCUGAAUGAAGCGACCUGUUCCCCGUCGGGCAGCCCCUGGGCUGAAUGAAGCGGCCUGUUCCCCGUCGGGCAGUCCCUGGGCUGAAUGAAGCGACCCGUUCCCCGUCGGGCAGUCCCUGGGCUGAAUGAAGCGACCUGUUCCCCGUUGGGCAGUCCCUGGGCUGAAUGAAGCGACCUGUUCCCCGUCGGGCAGUCCCUGGGCUGAAUGAAGCGACCUGUUCCCCGUCGGGCAGUCCCUGGGCUGAAUGAAGCGACCUGUUCCCCGUCGGGCAGUCCCUGGGCUGAAUGAAGCGACCUGUUCCCCGUCGGGCAGUCCCGGGGCUGAAUGAAGCGACCUGUUCCCCGUCGGGCAGUCCCGGGGCUGAAUGAAGUGACCUGUUCCCCGUCGGGCAGUCCCGGGGCUGAAUGAAGCGACCUGUUCCCCGUCGGGCAGUCCCGGGGCUGAAUGAAGCGACCUGUUCCCCGUCGGGCAGUCCCGGGGCUGAAGGAAGGGACCUGUUCCCCGUCGGGCAUAAUGUUUCUGUGUAAAUUCAUUGUGGGAGUUAUUAUGUUUGUACUUGUGUUCUAGACAUAGAUGUACUUUUGCCUGGGGGGGGUUCUAUGUGUAAUAUAGGGGGGGUAGCUUGAAUUUACCCUCUAGCGCCAACACUACCAAGCACCUGGGUUCGUGUAGAUUUAGAUAUAGAUCUUUCUGUAAAUUUUUUAGUUAAAAAACGAGCAAACUGUGAGAAUUCAAUCUCUUUGCGUGUGGGAUAUCGGAAUUGCGCCUAUCUGCCAAAGUCAGCAAUGCAACUUUGAACCACCAAGACACCGUUCUGCAGCACAGGGUUCGGGAUCAGAACAGGAGAACCCUGCAGCUAGGGCAAUGCCACAUGGGGCUGAUGCGGAAAAACACAAGCUGAGAAUAAGCCCCAUCUGCUGGCAUCAGCCACCUUAUUUGCCCAGGACCCAUAGUGUCGGCCUAUGAGUUUGUAGCUGGGCCGACACAAUGGUUCUGGGGGCAGGUAGGGUAGGAGACUGAUGCCAGCAGAAGGGGCAGAUUCUCGGCCUGCGGAAAAACACAAGCUGAGAAUAAGCCCCAUCCGCUGGCAUCAGCCACCUUAUUUGCCCAGGACCCGUAGUGUCGGCCUAUGUGUUUGUAGCUGGGCCGACACAAUGGUUCCGGGGGCAGGUAGGGUAGGAGACUGAUGCCAGCAGAAGGGGCAGAUUCAGAUUGCCUUUUUCCCCAGGCUGGAAAUUAGCCCCGUGUGGCAUCAUCUGUAAAGGGAAAGUAAACACAAAUAUCUCACAUGAGAAAAGCAACAGUACAUAUACACUACAUUUAGUUAUUGGGAAAUUUCCGUCCAAAGCUGUCAUUGCUACACGCGGGAUUCUGAGCCUUGGCUGAAGGGGAACUCACAGCUGCCACAUCGUUGUCAGGGUACAUGGUACACAGUCGGGGUGAGCCGUGAAGGGAACAGCAAGGGAAAGACACAUGUAGCUGUCGGCAACAUUUACAUGGCUGUAAGGAGAGGCAGUUUGAUCACAAAUUGGUCAGGCAGCUUUCAUGUACCUCCCUGGGCAGCCCCCCCAAACUAGGCCGUGUAACUGCCCAAUCAGCAGAGGUAUGUCUCUUAUAACUUGGUUGCCAGGUCUCCGAUACCCAAGCACUUACCCACUGCCCAAACUCACACCAGCUUUGUAGCCGCUAGGUUAAGGGUCCUAGUGCCAUUCCUGGUGAGACUGGGGGGCUAGUAGAAUCAGACACCCUGGCUACUAUGGGCCUUAGCACUUUCACAUACACACACGGUGCAGUCGCCAUGGCGCAGAGACAAACUGAGGGCAGCACGGAUGUCCGUAUUUUGAUAGGAAGUGUGGGGGGGGGGCAGUAUUAGUUCCUUUUGAGACCCAAACUAUUACUGCUGCAGAAAGCCCCCGAAUCCGCAUCCAUUUCCUGACCGAAUACUCGUGAGGGAGGAGAGACCCGACCGGCGCCGCGCAGCAGAUGGUGCGUUUCCUGAACUGACUCCUGAUCCCCACGCAGUAAAGAUAAGGAUUCCGCAGUUCACUUUAUUAUAGAAUUGCAUGAUGGGAAUUCUUGGGCAGUUGUUUUAGGUCACACACUCGUAGUCCUUUUGUAAAGACGUUGGGAUCUGUAUAGGAGGAGGGAUCAACUGAAUCGUUUGCCUUUUACAGCAGUAUUUUAAAUAAAAACUUUCUUCUAUCGAUCGUAAAA